AUGCCGGAGACAAGAUCGUCGACGCCUGAUAGUUUGCCGGCUCUUGAAUCGUUGGAUGCGCUAACCCUGGACACACGACCAACACCUGGGCAGUUCACCUACGUCUUGCCUACGACCACGACCAGCGCCCAGCCAACCAUACCACGACGUUCAGCGCCGGCGCGAACAUCGAACAUGGCAAUCGACCGUUACAUUCCUUACCCUGAGGCGCAUGACCUCGCGAGAACGCAGAAAGGAUUCUAUCCUGUCAGAAUACCUGUUUCUCACUGGCAACUGCGACAUUAUAUCUCCACGCCCGAGGAAGAUCACCUCUACUAUGCGAGUGGGAACGACAUUUACUGCUUGAAUACGAAGACAAAGAAGAGGAAGCACAUUGCGGCGCUGCCGUUUGAGGCGAGGUGUACGGCGAGUGGAUUUGGGUGGGUGUGCGUUGGGGGCGAGGAGGAGGGCCAUUUUGCGGCUAUCAAGCUGGAGAGGGCGUCUCAUGAGGUUGACGAUGGGUUGCCGAUCGAUGGGCGGAGGCAGGGUGGGAACAAUGUGCCAGAAAGAAGAGCGCCGACUGUGAGGGUGGAGAAGAUUGGUGAGGAAAUAGUAAACUCCAUUUCAAUCCACCGGAUACAGGAUGAAGAGGCGCACUUGGAUGAUAUCGUGGCGGUCCUGACCAACAACGACAAGACGGUGCGGGUGUAUAGCCUGCCAGCUGGGCAAGAGACGAGGGUGAAGGACUUGCCGUUCGCGAUCAAUCAUGCGACGAUAAGUCCGGAUGGGACGAUGUUGAUUGCCGUGGGGGACUACAAUCAGGCUUACUUCUUUACGAGGGAAAUCAUGGACACGCCGCCGCAGAUCCCGAAGCCGCAUAAUCGACUGACGAGCGCGAGCCUGGAGUGGAGGCUGACGAAUGUGGUUACGCUACAUGUCACAGAUUUGACAGUAGGAUACUUCACAACUUGUUGGUCGCCGUCGGGACAUCUGGUCGCAGUGGGCUCAGAAGGUGGCUACAUCACCGUCAUGGACACAGCGAUACUCACCGAUAAUGAGUGCGAAGACGACGACUCGAUCGUUGCGGUCGUGCCUGGUUCGAGAGCAGACCUUCCUUCACCACAUCCUGGCGCUAUUCGAUCGAUGAUGUUCUCGCCCGAGCCGUGGGAGCUUCUGAUCUGGGCUGAAGAUCAAGGUCGAAUAUGUGUUGGGGAUCUUCGCACAGGGCUCAAGAGCAGGCAGAUCAUCAGCUUGGAGCCAAAGGAUGAAAGCUUGGACGAGCACAUAUUGGAAGAGCUUCCCGGGGAAGAUACUAGGAUACCACACAUUGACGAGCUGGAGGCAGAUCUACUACAGCGAUAUCGAGACUCUCCAGACAACACUUCGGCUGUCAACUUUGCGACAGAGUACAUUGAAGCUCGACGGCGGCAGCGACAACACAGACAAGACUUGGCGAAUCAACGAUCACAGUCGGGCACGCCUAGCUCGAGGCGGAACGUGGGCGGCGAUUACGAUGGCGAUGAUCCGGGAGGCCUGACAGCACGGGAACAGCAGAUUCUCGAAUCGCUACGAACAUCGAGAUUGAGAGAAGAGGCACGCUCGUAUGGGCACACGCCUCGUUCAGUCAACUACACAUCUCCCGACAUGUUUACGGCUACCAACAGCAGAUCGUCGGGGACAGCAUCGAACACCAUCACAGGAGAAUCAGGGCGACCCAUCAGUGAGAUCCUGAACUCUGUGCAAGAGUCCUUCCCUGAGCUCUCGCGCACAAACGCCAUAAGCCCAGACCCCUCAUCCUCCCACGAAGCCGAACCACCAAGCACUCUCCCACCUCUCCGCGCCCUCCAAGAAGGCGUCUGGGGCUCCUCGGCACGCUCCGGCCUCCCUCGUCUAGGCGACACCUCCCGCCUCCCUCGACGUCGCCAAUCCGGCGUCCUCAGUCCUCCUACUUCUAACGGCGGCUCAUCCUCACGAGCAUCAGCAACAGCCUACGCCACAGAACCCGAAGACGACAACCCAUGGCGCACAAUCGAAGAAUACAUGGCCGCAGCCCGCGGUCCCCUCUUCGAAGGCGCUGCUCGAGCUCCUCCUCAACCCACCUCCCCACUUCCAGCCCCCACAACCCUCGAAUCUCUCCAAUCCGACCUCGACGCCCAACGCCGCAUAUCCGCUGCGCAGGCGAGAGCGAGGGAACGGUGGAGAAAUAGUAGACUCGGCGGGAACGCUGCUGCAAGUGCCAGCGCUACGGCGGAGAGGGAAGCGCGACGACUCGCUCCGUUUCCUGAGGGGUAUGAUGCGUUGUUGAGGCUGCAGAGUAGGACCCAGUUGAGAGGGUACAGUGGGAGGGAGGUAGGGGUCAGAACGGCCGGGCUGGCGAUGAGUCCUGAUGGGCGGCUACUUUGGGCUGCCUGUGAGGAGGGCAUUUUUGAGAUCCAAGUUGGGAGGAAGGGACGGAUGUUUUGGCCGGCUGUUCAGCCGAGAUGA